AUGGCUUCUAGAUCUAACCUUGGUAUAGAAAACCAGUUGGUUGUAUUCAUUGAAAGACUAGUCGAUUUUGAAGAAAUGAUGGCUCUUGGAUUUAAUCUUCAAAGCACUGUCUACCAAAAAGGUUGGGAUAAUUUCUUUGAUAUGUUUUAUGGUCCUACUUACCCUAACUUGAUCAAGGAUUUUUGGGUAAAUGCUUCCAUCCAGGAUCUAAAUCUAGAAUCUUUUAUUCUUUUUAUUGUAUAUGGUGUUCCUAUCACUAUCACCCCCACAUCUAUUGCUAAUUCAAUAAACUGUGAGGAUGAAGGUGUGAUUCUAAAUAUGCUUGUUUGGGAAUCUUAUUUGUAUCCUCAUCUUAUCUUUGGUGAUCUCUCUGACCUAUCCAAAGUCUCAAGUCUCAAUUCUAAGGCGUUAGUCCGGUAUCACCUGUUGAUCUCAAACUUACUGCCAAAGAACAGGGAUCCGACUUCUUUGGAUAUUGAUGAACAUGAUUUUCUGUUACUUCUUAACUCAAAUUUGAAGAUUAACCUCCCUCAAGUUAUGUUUGAUUAUCUGAAAAUGACUCUCACUUCCUAUUGA